AUGGUACGCCUUGCCGAGUUGAUGGAAGCACACCGCGAGACACUGGCAACCAUCGAGACAUGGGAUAACGGCAAACCAUACUCGGUAUCUCUCAAUGAGGAUCUCACCGAGGCUAUUGAAACCUUGACGUACUACAGUGGUUUUGCGGAUAAGGUAUUCGGUCAGGUAAUCGAGACGACGCCUGAGAAGUUUGCCUACACAGUCCGCGAACCAGUGGGCGUUUGCGGCCAGAUCAUCCCUUGGAACUAUCCUCUGGCAAUGGCUGCCUGGAAACUCGGCCCCGCCUUGGCUUGUGGUAACACAGUCGUUCUCAAGCCGGCGGAGCAAACACCGCUCUCAAUCUUGUAUUUCGCAAAUCUCGUAGUAGAGGCAGGAUUUCCACCUGGUGUGAUCAACAUCGUCAAUGGCCUUGGAGCUGUCACAGGCGCAGCUCUUGCAUCCCACAUGGAUGUUGAUAAGAUUGCAUUCACAGGGUCUACCGAGACGGCGAAACGAAUCAUGAAGAUGGCGAGUAAUAACUUGAAGAACAUUACGCUUGAGACGGGUGGCAAGAGUCCACUGAUUGUGUUUGAUGACGCUGACUUGGACUUGGCUGUUCACUGGGCUCACGCUGGUAUUAUGUCGAAUCAAGGCCAGAUCUGUACCGCGACCUCGAGGAUUUUGGUGCAGGACACUGUCUAUGAUAAAUUCCUAGCAGCUUUCCGAAAUCAGGUCAUGAAGAUCUCCAAGGUCGGAGACCCCUUUGAGGAGAACACCUUUCAGGGACCGCAAGUUACCAAGGCACAGUACGACAGGAUCCUCUCCUACGUCGACAUCGGCAAGAAGGAGGGCGCACGGCUCGAGCUCGGAGGCCAGCCUCACCAGCCUAACUCUCCUGGUUAUUUCAUCGAACCCACUGUCUUUACCGAGGUCACGCCUCAGAUGAGGAUCUUCAAGGAGGAAGUAUUCGGUCCCUUUGUCGUCAUCUGUCGCUUCCAUUCCGAGGAAGACGCUAUCGCCCUGGCCAAUGAUUCCGAAUACGGUCUCGGAAGCGCUCUGUUCUCUACAGACCUUGCCCGCGCCCAUACCGUUGCAAAGAGAAUCGAGGCAGGCAUGGUAUGGAUUAACUCGAGUAAUGAUAGUGAUUGGCGAAUCCCUUUCGGUGGGGUCAAACAGAGCGGGAUUGGGAGAGAAUUGGGAGAGGCUGGUCUGGCCGCUUACUCAAACAUCAAGGCAAUUCAUGUCAACCUUGCCAGACAAUCCAAGUUGUAG